CCUCCAGCACCAGCGGAGGAACCAGUCAUACUCCAACCAACAUGGCGACCGUACGCGCUGCGUCCUGUCUUCUCUCCAAGCGGGUGCUCUCUAACUCGAAAGCGGUUCCCGCCGCUGCCGUUCAGGGCUACAGAAACUUUCACUUCUCCAUCUAUGGCAAGAAGAACAAUGCCAAAGUAAAAGAUGAUAUCUCCACCCAGUAUCCUGUUGUGGAUCAUGAGUUUGAUGCCGUGGUGGUGGGAGCUGGAGGAGCAGGGCUUCGUGCUGCUUUUGGCCUGUCGGAGGCUGGCUUCAACACGGCCUGCGUCACCAAGCUCUUCCCCACCAGGUCUCAUACUGUCGCUGCUCAGGGGGGGAUCAACGCAGCUCUGGGUAAUAUGGAGGAAGAUGACUGGCGCUGGCAUUUCUACGACACAGUGAAGGGAUCCGAUUGGCUCGGAGACCAGGACGCCAUCCACUACAUGACAGAACAGGCACCUGCAGCCGUAGUGGAGCUGGAAAACUUCGGCAUGCCCUUCAGCCGCACCGAAGAAGGGAAGAUCUACCAGAGAGCCUUCGGUGGUCAGAGUCUCAAAUACGGAAAGGGGGGUCAGGCCCACCGCUGCUGCUGCGUGGCAGACAGAACGGGACACUCCCUGCUGCAUACGCUUUAUGGAAGGUCGCUCCGUUAUGACACCAGCUACUUCGUGGAGUACUUUGCCCUGGAUCUGCUGAUGGAAGACGGCGUGUGUAAAGGAGUAAUUGCUCUGUGCAUGGAAGACGGUUCCAUUCACCGCUUCAGAUCUCAGAACACCGUCAUCGCUACUGGGGGUUAUGGAAGAACAUAUUUCAGCUGCACAUCCGCCCACACCAGCACAGGAGACGGGAACGCCAUGGUUACCAGAGCCGGCCUGCCGUGUCAGGACAUGGAGUUUGUGCAGUUCCACCCCACUGGAAUCUAUGGAGCUGGUUGCCUGAUCACAGAGGGUUGCCGUGGUGAGGGAGGAAUCCUGAUCAACAGCGAGGGGGAGCGCUUCAUGGAGCGAUACGCACCCAACGCCAAAGAUCUGGCGUCCAGAGACGUGGUGUCCCGCUCCAUGACAAUAGAGAUCAGGGAGGGCAGAGGUGUAGGUCCAGACAAGGACCAUGUGUACCUGCAGCUCCACCACCUGCCUCCCCAGCAGCUGGCGACUAGGCUGCCUGGAAUCUCCGAGACGGCCAUGAUCUUCGCUGGCGUCGACGUUACUAAGGAGCCCAUCCCCGUCCUGCCCACAGUUCAUUACAAUAUGGGAGGCAUACCCACCAACUACAAGGGACAGGUGAUUGAUCACACCAAUGGCGAGGACAAGGUGGUUCCUGGUCUGUACGCUUGCGGUGAGGCGGCAUGUGCCAGUGUCCAUGGAGCCAACCGGCUGGGGGCCAACUCCCUGCUGGACCUGGUGGUGUUCGGGAGAGCCUGCGCUCUCACCAUCGCUGAGGAGCACAAGCCUGGCGAGAAGCUGUCUCCUCUAAAGCCCAGUGCUGGAGAAGAGUCUGUGGCUAACCUGGAUAAGCUGAGGUUUGCUAAUGGAAGUCUGAGAACGUCUGAAAUCAGGCUCAACAUGCAGAAGGCUAUGCAGAACCAUGCUGCCGUGUUCCGUACCGGCUCUGUUCUGGAGGAGGGAUGUGGAAAGUUAGACGACAUCUAUCAGAGCAUGGAGAAGAUCAAGACCUUUGACAGAGGAAUUGUGUGGAACACUGAUUUGGUGGAAUCCCUGGAGCUGCAGAACCUCAUGCUGAACGCUGUCCAAACCAUCAACUCUGCUGAGCAAAGAAAGGAGAGCAGAGGAGCCCACGCCAGAGAGGACUUCAAAGAUCGCAUCGACGAGUACGACUACUCCAAGCCCCUGGAAGGUCAACAGAAGAAGCCCUUCGAUGAGCACUGGAGGAAGCACACCAUGUCAUACGUAGACCCCAAGACCGGAAAGGUGACGCUGCGUUACCGCCCGGUUAUUGACCACUCUCUGAACGAACAGGAAUGUGCCCAUGUUCCUCCUGCCAUCCGCUCUUACUAAGAAGAUCUCAGCCCAUCUCGUCCUAAACAGAAGGAUAAUUAACUGUUAUUUAAGAUGAAAAAAAAAAAGCCUUUUUCUUUUAACAGAGAAAACGGUUCAUGUUGCACAUUUGUAACCAUGUAGAGUUGCUGAUUAUAAAACCUGCCAGUUUCAGAUCUUGGUGUCACAUUCCUGUUUCUGUCCUCCAUGCGUGCUUAGCCCGAUAUCUAUUAGCAAGGGUAGCGUGGCCUCACAUACACACACCGCCUGAGCUCUGUUAUUGUAGAUUGUAGAAACUCUGACAAGUUAAGGACAGGAGAAUAAGUAACAGAAGAAGAAAAGUGAAAAGCGUAAGCUUCUCGUUUUAAACACUUUUGAAAUUCUCUGCUUUUUGUUGAGUGAAGACACGGUGAGAAUAGAUGUAAUUCAACAGGCCUACAUCUCUGAAAGAGCAGGAAGUAUGUAAAUAUUUCAGAAAUGUAUAAUGAAUAUGCUGAGUUUUACUGUAUGCACCAUUUAAAGCAUCUCCUCUCUUUGGGCUGCAUGUGCUUAAUGUUUUGGUCUCCUCACAGCUUCUGUAGCUAAUUUAAUGAGCUAAAGUCCUGGACUUAAGCUUUCUGCAGUAUCUCACCAUGAAUGUUAACUCUAUACUAGCUGUUCAAAUAUCUUCCACCCGAUUUUCACCUCAGCUAAUAGAACAAUGGCUCCUGUUCUACACUCUGUUAUUGUUACUCCUUUGAAGGGUAUUUUGCAGAAAAGGUAGUGUCUCUAUCAGAGGAAGCAGCAGGACUAGGGUCCUAUUCAAAAGUCAGAAAGUUGUUGAUGUGAGGGGAUUGCAUUAGCCCUGAGCAGAUGUACUCCAGAUCCAUUAAGUCUUCAUAUUAAAGGUGGAAAUAAAAGCCGUUUUUUUGCCUUAAUGCAAAAAAAAACAAAAAAAACAUGCAUUGUUCCUCAUGUUUUGAAUUUGUUAAAGGGUGACUUAAUUUAUUUUCUCGUUUUGCAGGGAAAAAUGCCUUCAUUCUAAUUAUUUUUUUUCUUCAUUUGUAUACGUUUUCAUAUAUUCAAUAAAGUUUGUGCUAUGCAUUGAAACAAA